CGUGGUCCCGCGGUGCAUUGUGGGGCGGCGAGAUGGCGGCGCUCGGCGCGGGCCGGGCGGCGGCCGGGGGUCUCCUGCGUGCCCGCAGCCUCGGGGCCUGGAGGGGCCUGCGUGCCUCCGCUGCGCUCCAGCAGAUCCCGCGGGCCAAGUCAGAAAAUGCGAAGUCUGAGGGUACAUUCCAGGUCACCAUGCUGCCCGGAGACGGUGUGGGCCCGGAGCUCAUGCACGCUGUCAAGGAGGUGUUCAAGGCUGCCAGCGUGCCUGUGGUCUUUGAUGAGCAUCACCUGAGUGAGGUGCAGAACAUGGCGUCAGAAGAAAAACUGGAUCAGGUGGUUGACUCUAUGAAGGAAAGUAAAGUCGCCCUUAUAGGCAAGAUCCACACCCCCAUGGAGUACAAGGGAGAGCUGGCUUCUUACGACAUGAGGCUCAGGCGCAAAUUAGACUUGUUUGCAAACGUUGUCCAUGUGAAGAGCUUACCCGGCUAUAAAACACGCCACAACAACUUGGACCUCGUGAUCAUCCGUGAGCAGACAGAGGGGGAGUACAGCUCUCUGGAACAUGAGAGUGCAAAGGGAGUCAUCGAGUGCCUGAAGAUCAUCACCCGGGCCAAGUCGCAGCGCAUUGCCAAGUUCGCCUUUGACUACGCCACCAAAAAAGGGCGCUCUAAGGUCACAGCUGUGCACAAAGCCAACAUUAUGAAAUUAGGCGAUGGGCUCUUCCUGCAGUGCUGUGAAGAAGUGGCAGAACUGUACCCCAAGAUCAAAUUUGACACCAUGAUCAUUGACAACUGCUGCAUGCAGCUGGUGCAGAACCCCUACCAGUUCGACGUCCUGGUCAUGCCAAACCUCUAUGGGAACAUCAUCGAUAACCUGGCAGCUGGCUUGGUGGGCGGCGCUGGUGUGGUUCCCGGGGAGAGCUACAGCGCAGAGUACGCCGUGUUCGAGAUGGGCGCCCGCCACCCCUUCGCCCAGGCCGUGGGCAGGAACAUUGCCAAUCCCACCGCCAUGCUGCUCUCGGCCGCCAACAUGCUGCGGCAUCUCAACUUGGAAUUUCACUCCAAUUUGAUUGCGGAUGCGGUGAAGAAGGUGAUCAAAGUCGGGAAAGUUCGGACACGGGACUUGGGCGGUUACUCCACCACUUCUGACUUCGUGAAGUCUGUGAUUGACAACCUGCACCCCCACUAUGGUGCCUAGGAACCCCGCUCGCCCCCGGGGAGUCGGGGACUUCACCCUGCAGCCGCUUCCCAUAGCUUACAGCCUGGCAGCGCGUCCUUCCCCCUCCCUGCAGCUCGCCCUGGCCGAGGUUCCCUGCUGCCCCGGGGGAGGAGGAGGAUGAGGAUGGCUCUCCUUCUGCCCAGCCCAGAGCCCAGUAACCACCCCCAGUCACCGCCAGCGGGGAUUGCUGGAGGCACCGAGGGCAGGGUCCCGUUCGGAGCGAGGAUCCGUGGGGUCCCUCUGGUUCGCGUAGGCGUAGGCAGCGUCUUUCCCCCCCCAUGCCCUCCCUGCGAGGAGGGCGGUGCGGAUCUCGGGGCCGGCUGGGGCGACUUGGGGAGGAACGGGCAGUGGCCCAAGCUCGGCAGGCAGCUCCCAGGGACAGCGGGACCACUGUGACUGUGGGAGCCUUCCCCUGCCCACAGAGGCUUUAGCAAUAAAUGGGACCACGGGGCUGAGGCCCCGCAGCUGUGACUGCACAAGGGCAAGCUGCUCGUGCAGAGCAAGGGUCCGCUUUCCGGCACAAUCCCAUGGGUAGGGAGAGGUGGCUGUGAGGCUUUGUUGCCUCCUGCCCCCUGGGAACUGGUGCAGGGUUGGGGAGAGGGUGGCUGCUCUCUUUGCCCCCCCCCCCGCUGUGAGUUUGUGGCUGGUCUCUGAGAGCCAGGGGAGCGCCUGGGGAGCAGAGGGCUCCGAGCUGAGCCCCCCAGGUAGGUCAGCACCUCUGUGCGCAGCCAGUGCUUGUCCCUCAGCAGGCAGCACCCCGAGCUCUUUGCCCAGCAGUGUGAACCCCUGGAGCCCGUGUGGCUCUCUGGGGGGGUUGCUGGGGGCCAGCAGCGGUGUGGGGCUGGGCUGUGAAAGCACAUGGUGGGACCACAGAAGCACUGCCCUGGCCGGUGACUGCCGGGGCAGGGGACUGUGUGUGUGAGAGUGACUGGGACAUGUAUUAAACGCUGUGCUGUGUACUCAUGUUUGCAAAUAAAGGGUCCAACGCUUCCCCCCCCCCCCCUUGCCCGCACAGGUGCUGUUUCCCCCCCACCCCAGCUCUGCCCCUGCCCCA